AUGGCUUAUCCAAUCAAUGACACAACUGAAACAACUAGCAUCUUAUCAGUCUCAUCUGAUGACGAAUUAGAAAGAGGAAGUCAUUAUUUGACAACGGAAUUUCCAUACAAGGACAAUAGUAUCAAUGAAAAUGAUUGGUCUUCAUCGGAUGAUAGUGAUAAUGAUAGUGAUGACAAAGAAAUAACUUACCAUCAUAAAGAAACAUCAAGUGACACAAAUAUUAAUUGGAGCGAUGGUUCUUAUCUCACUGAUGAUGUGCGUUUACAAUCUAUGACUCGAUUCGAACGUCGACAAGCAUGUUAUUACCAAGAGAAACUUCAACAAAUUCGACAACAAUUAAGAGAUGAAAAUCUUAUUUUACGACCAAUUUAUAAAGAUAUUGGAUAUCAUGCAGAGUCAGUAGAUAUUUUUUAUAAGAAAGUCAAUCAAUUCAUGAACCAAACAAGCAGCUAUUCAUUAAUAUUUAAGUUCAGUCGUUCACAUCCGACUGCUACACAAAAUCAUUUAGCUAAGAUUGUUGCACGAGUUGAAACAAUAUUAAACAAUUUAUUAGGUUCUAAAUCUAUUACUGAAGCACAAUAUAUGGCUUUCAAGAUCGAUCGAUCUACAGUACGAAUGAAUUAUUUAAACUUCGUCUCAGACACACAUAAAAAUGGAAUUCCAGUUCAACCAAUCAUCGUAUGCAAUAAUGGACCAACUAUCGGUAUUAGUCGUUAUCUUGGUCGUCUCCUUGGAUUACUGUUUAAUGAUGCAACUCAUUGUAAAAAAUUUCAUAAAGCUUAUAAUGUUAUACAUGACAUGGAAUUCUAUCAGAAAAGUGGUCAUCUACUACCAACCACUCUAUUUGCUUCAUUUAAUAUUAAUGAUUUAUGUUUAAAUUUUUCACAUCGACAAGUUAUGGAUGCUUUAGAACAGUUCCUUAACUCUUACAUCUUAUCAGAUCAUUCUAUUCAAGGCAUGACAAUUAGUACAAUUCUUCAACUUGUUCGUCUCGUACUCGAUGAACAAUAUUUUAUUUAUAAUUAUAAAUUAUAUCGACAAACAGCUGGUAGUGCUUCUGGUUCAUCAUUAACAAUUCCAUUAGUCUAUAUCUAUUUAUUUUAUUGGCAACAAAAUAUAUUACAAGAUCUUCUUAAUAAGAAUGAACUCUUUUUCAGAUAUCGAGAUGAAGCAUUUAUUACAUGGAACCGCUCUGAAGAUGAACUUCGUAUAUUACUUACUUUGGCUAAUUCACAAUUUUCACAACCUAUAUGGAACAUAACUGAUAUUGGACCAACUAUUCAUUUUCGUGAUAUUCUGAUAACUAACCAUAAUGGACUUCUUCGAACAAGUGUUUAUCAUGAAGAAACAUUCAAACGGAUUAUCUACCAAUCAUCAUUUCGGGAUAUUCUUCAACCUGCAAUCAAACAAGACAUAUGGAAAUGGCUACGAGCAUUUUUCUUAAAAGCCAUCCGAUAUUGUUCCGAUCAUGUUAUUUUUAAUGAAGAAAGUUUGAGAUAUAACCAUGGAUAUGAUAAAUUAUUAAUUCCAGAUAUAACCGUUGAAAGUUCAUAG